CAGCCGGAAACCACCUCAAAAGCAUUUCCUGCAUCUCCGCCUUCCCGGAUUUAACGCGCUGAAUUAAAAAAAGUCAAAGCUCUAAAGAUAUUUGCUCGUAUUUUAGUUUAACAGUUAUCAUUAUUAUCUAGAUAGACAUUUUGCUGUUUACAGGAGCGCAUCUGUCCACCGCCAGCGUCCCGGAAAAAGUAGAACCAAUUGGAUUGAGCUUGGAGGACCCCUCAGAGGAUUCAGCGAAGUUUGAUCUCCAAACCAGUUGAUUUUGUUGUGAAGAUGUUGCGUGAAAGAUCCCUUCGUCCAUCUCAGGCAGCGCAGCAGAACACAGCUGGCAAUAUUGUCGUUUGCGGAACAGGAUAUUGUUAUAAAGUAGAAAAAUGGCCAAUUUCCUCCUUUACUGGGCGAAGGCACAAGUUGGUCAUGCCUCCUGACUCUCCAGACAAGAAGUUUGUCCUGCUUGUUGGAUGCUCCCAUCUACGAGCCAUUGCAGAUGGUAACGUGAAGAUGCCAGAGGGGCUUUCCUUUGGUGUCAUGUCGACGCCGGGGGCCUGUGCAGCUGAGUUGCGGACGGAGGUGAUGAAUUCUGUUGUCCCGCGAACACCUGAUGUCGUCUGUCUUUUGGCCCCAAGCAACGACCUCAAAGCGAGCCGAACCAUCGACGAGGCAGGGGUAGCUUUUGGCAAGCUCCUGUACAGUGUCUGCAGUCUGUGGCCUCAGGUGAUGGUGUUGGAUUUUCCUCCGAGGUUGAAUGUAGCUGUGGAUCUGCAGGACCAACUGAGGCAAGAGUUUCAUUGUGUGGCUGCACGUGCAGGUGUCAAGUACGUCUCCACUGCUGAGCAUUUUCCUGUGCACAACCUUAAGCUGUGGAGCCAAGACGGCGUUCAUUUGAGUGACAGUGAGGGAAUGGGCAUUUUGGCAAAGCUGUUCUGGACUUCUGCUCAUCUGCACCUGGAGACAACUGCACCAAAGCCACAGGUUGCUCCUGAGACAUCACUGCCUGCUAGAAGAUUCUCUCCAAAGGUGGUCGUGAAGGAAGAGGUCGCUGCAACACGGCCAUGUCAAACAGACGAAGAAGGAUAUAUGACUGUUAGUUACAGCAGCAAGAGGCAGCAUUCUUGGGAACCUAAGCAGUCCCAUGGAGCACCCAAGAUGAGGAUUGUUCAGCAACAGGUGGAGGCCAUCCCACCAAUUGUGGAUGUCUCUCCACAGGCGUCAACUUCCAGGGCCGUGCCAGUGGUUGUGGUAGAACAGGGUCAUCGUAUGUCAACAAGAACUGUCAAAGAUCGAGAAUCCUCUUCAGCUGUGUGCCAGUUUGGACAGAAAGUCUUCAAAGUGAAUACAGGUGUGGAGGUGUGUUUCUUGACGGAUUCAAUGUGCCUUGGGCUUGAAGACACGAUCUCCAACAUCAAUGCGUUUGUGCAUCCUGGAACAACUGGUUCUCGCAGUUUGUCCCAGAACAUCGAUCAUUUUAAGAAGUUAAGUGGAGGAGCGAUAGUUGUUAUCCAAAUCGGGACCAACGACAUUGCCACUGGUGUAAGUCCCAGUUUGCUUGUGCAGCAGAUGGAUUCUUUGAUACAUCGAAUUCAGCGAGGACGUGAGGACAUACACUUUGCUGUUUGUUCCGUGUUGCCUCGACCUAUGGAUCACCAUAACACCAAAGCACUGGUGAAGCAGAACUCAAAACGAUGA